UUGAUUUAAUCAAUGUUUUUUGUAUGGAUAUUGAAUGAAAUAUUUUUUGUAUCUAUUAUAAGAAAAGAAGUAUAUUGAUCUUAUGUAGGAUCAUUGUACAAGAAAUUUAAAAAUUAAUAUUUAUAUCAAAUAACGUCUAUACAAAUUAUACAAAAGAGAAUUAAGUGGAUUAGAAUCAUCGUUCCUUAUUGAAUAUAUUUUUAUAAAAAAAAAAAAAAAAAAAAAUGGAAGAAAUAAAUCCUAAAGUAUUAGCGUAUAAAGAACAAACAGAGAGCACAAUAAAUUAUUGUCAGAACAGUCGUAUGGAAUUAUCUGGUAUGAACUCCAUAUCGAUGAACAAUUAUAAUGAAGAAUCAGCAAAUUUAAAAAGUAUGCUUCAUAUACAGGAUUCAUGUAAUUUAAAAAAAGAAUUUUUACCAAAAAAAUUAACUAAUCUAAUUAAAUUAGAUUUGACUAACUGUUAUUUAACAGAUCUUCCAAAAUAUUUAUGUCUAUUAAAAAAUUUACAACAUCUUGUACUCAAUAAUAAUCAACUUUCAUGCUUACCAAAUGUAGUUGGAGAUCUGAAAGAAUUAAUAUCUUUAAAAGUACAUAAUAACAACUUAAAAGAAGUGCCUGAAAAUAUUAGUUAUUUAUUAAAUCUUGAAGAUUUGGAUUUAAGUUUCAACAAAUUAACAGACAUUCCAUGCACAUACAAAAUGUUGAAUAGAUUAAAAUAUCUUUCUCUAGCAAAUAAUAAUUUGAUAUGUAUUCCUGAUUGCAUUAAAACGGGAAUGUCCAGUUUGGAAAUGUUAGUUUUAUCACAGAAUAAUCAUAUCAUGUUGAAUAUUUCAUUGCGCAGUAAAAAUAUUAAAAGAUUUUAUGCAACAAACAAUGGUAUUUGUUCGUCGUUUCCCAAAUGGAUAUUUAAUAAUAUAUAUAAUCAAUUAGAAGAAGUAUUUUUAGAUCAUACGGUAUUUGAAAACUUUCAUUUUUCAAGAAAUAACGUAUCAAUUUCAAAUAUUAAAAAAUUGUCAAUGAUAGAAUGUAAAUUAUCUGAAAAAAUUUUGAAAGAAAUUUUUCAAAGGCUAAAGUCACCUGAAAGUUUGAACUUUGGAAAUAGUGUAUUAACAGCAAACAGAAAUCUUUUUUGUUUAUUACCAAUUCAAGAUAUAAAAACCAAAUCUAGUCUGAAAGAUAUAAAUAUUUGUAAAACAAAUAUUGCGAUGAUACCAAAACGCAUAAAUGAGUUUCUGGCUUUAGUAACAAUUGAUAUUAGUUAUAAUUAUAUCACUUGGUUACCUGAUGAAAUAUGUGAUUUGCACAAUUUACAAAAUUUGAUAAUUAAUGAUAAUUUAUUAGUUAGUUUGCCUGAUUCUAUUGGUCAAUUGGCUUCUCUUAAAACAUUAAAGGCUAGUAAUAAUGCAUUAACUAGUUUACCAAGUUCUAUAAUGCAUUUAAAUAAUUUACAAUUUUUGGACCUUUAUAAUAAUGAAUUGUUUAAAGAAACAUAUGUUAAUAUUAAUAUGACUACUUUACAAGGAAUAGAUCUCGAACAAAACUAUUUUUUGACUAAUGAUUUACCGAUAACAUAUAAUUAUGAACAUUUAAGAGCUGCAUUAUUAAAAUAUUGGAAUGAAAAAUUUAGAGUAGUUGGUUUAAAGAAAGAGCCCGUGUAUGAUGACGAAUUUGUUGACUCAUUACGCACACUUGAUACGAGUGAUGAUAAAUUAUCAGAAGAACAGACUUCUUUUGAAUGGUCUAAAGAAAAUUGGGAUGAAUCAAGUGAUUCAGCAGAAGAAUUCGAUCCAAAUGCAGAAUGUUGGAAACCAAAAUUAAUUCGAUGUUCUCCGCUCGUUGCUUGUAAAAGAAAAAAUUUAAAGGAAUAUUUUUGUCCAGCAGAUUUACACGCAAAGCCAAUUUUAGAGUAUGUUCAACAGAUGAUAGAUAGUGGUAUUUUAUCUUCGAACACUGAAUUUGAAACUGGUCAAUUUGACGAUGCUUGAGACAAAAAAAAAAUUGUGCUAUGUCAUUGCCAUUGACUAUAAUAAAUGAUAAUUGUAUUAUAUAUAAAUAUUUAAACAUUGAUAAAAUACUAAAUAUUUAUGUUCUAUUUCUGUACACUUAUUUAAAUGCAUGUAUUACUUUACAUGAAAACUGCGAUAAAUGAAAUACGAAAAGUAUGAAAAGUGGUAAAUAAAUACCAUAUAAAUGUUAUUAAAA